CACGGUCCCGUGCUAGCCGCAUCCAUUGACGCCCCGCGACGCGUACUAUUUCGUCGACCCACCUUGCAACAGGGCGCCCGACGCAUCUUUUGCCCAUCCUCGGUCACCAAUCAGUCGGUAUCUUGCUCCACCUAUCAUCACCUUGCCUAGCUAGGUGUCCCGCCCAUCCCCAUUUGAGUUCCAUGAUCCGAGUUACGGCAUCCUGAACUUUCGUCCAUCGUCGGAUCUCAACGUUCGGAACUCGGUCUACAAGGCUGAUGCCGAGCAUAGCGCGCUCCAUGGUCCUCUGUGCAACUCUCAACCUGUGUACAGUCUCCUGCGUGAGCGUCUCGUCACCAUACGUCACGGUGGGCAGAACACAUUGAUUAAACAAGCGUGUCUUCAGACACUGUGGAACCUUACCUGUUUUAAAGACGACACCUAACUUGCUAAACACAGCCCACCUCAGCUGGAUUCUUUUUGAGAUCUCUUUAGGCUGAUGCUCUUUGCCAAACGACAGAACAUGUCCGAGAGUGACGUACUGAUCGACUCUCUCCAGCCUCUCAGUUCCUGCCGUGACGGUGGUAUUUGACGGACUGGAGAGAUUCGCCAUAAUCUUCGUCUAGGACAUUAUUCAUCCUUAGGCCAACUCUCAAAGAAGCAUCAUAUGGUUGUUCCAGCAUCCUUUGGAGAUCGUCGCUUGCAAAUAGCACGAGAUCGUCCGCGAAUCUUAGGUGAGACAAAUGGUGUUACGCCAUUGAUGUUAAUGCCGCUGUUAUCCCAUUCAAGUGUUUUUACGACAUCCUCAAGUCCUCGCCGGAUUGGAACGGAAUUGAUUAAAUCGUGAACUCGUACCUGCAGAGUGGCUGAACGGUAGAGCUCCCGGGGCACAUCCACGUAGCGGGAAUCGAUGUGGCAGUGAUGAAGAGCGUGGAACACGGCCCAAUGUUUGAUACUGUCAAAGACCUUCUCAUAAUUGACGAAGGCCAUGACAAGAGGCAGCUUAAAUUCGAGACAUUUCCCCAUCAGCUGAUUAACCGUGUGGAUAUGGUCGAUGGUUGAGAAGCCGCUCCGAAAGCCAGCCUGCUCAAUAGGCUGCGCUUCGUCAAGUUCACUGAUCAAAAGCGUUUCAAAGCAAUUGGGAAUACAUGAGGUGCUCAAUACCAAAGCGGGAAGACUUUCUGGGGGCGAAAGGAAAAGACUGACAAUUGCCACUGAGCUGCUAACUGACCCUACUCUUAUGCUUUUAGACGAACCUACUAGUGGCCUGGACUCCGUGUCAUCGAUGUCAGUAGCGCGAGCUCUACGCAGCGUGGCACGGAGUGGACGCACUAUAGCCUGCGUGGUCCACCAACCUUCUUCUAAGCUGUUUGCGAUUGCCGAUGACGUCAUACUCCUGGCCAAUGGAAGGACUUUAUACGCUGGACCGGUAGCGGAUGUUCCUGGUGCUUUGGCACGAGCAGAUUUUGUCUGCCCGCAGUAUUACAAUAUGGCUGACUAUUUGCUAGAAGUAGCGUCAUUUGAGCAUCAAGGAAACAUAGAAUUGCUCGAGAAUGAAGCUAAUAAUUAUGCCUAUGAAAUGAAGAGGAUUGUCAGAAGUGAUAUUAGAGAUAAGAAUGCAAAAGAGAUACUAAUAGAAGCUGAAGCUCUACUAGGUGUUCAGACAACAUACUCAAAUGGCUACGCGGCCUCUGUUUGCCAGCAACUAAGGGCAUUGCUACGGCGUGGCUUCAUUGGAGUACUCCGCGAUGUGCAUUUAACUCAAAUUCGUCUAGUCGCACAUUUGGUAGUCGCAUUGCUUCUCGGGGCUCUCUACAACGGCGCAGGCGCCGAAGCGAAUCGCAUAAUCACCAACACCGGCUGUUUAUUCUUCUUUCUACUGUUCCUAUUCUUCUCCAAUGCUAUGCCAACUAUACAUACGUUUCCUGUGGAAGCAACAGUAGUACUUCAGGAGCACUUGAACAAAUGGUAUUCAUUAGCCACGUACUGCGCUUCAAAGAUCAUAGUCGAUUUGCCUGUACAAUUACUAUGUGCAACAGUAUUUGUGUUCCCCGCCUGGUAUCUCACUUCGCAACCGUUAGAUCCCUACCGAAUGGGUUUAGCUUGGGUGAUAUGUGUCUUGGUGACUAUCCUUGCUCAAACAUUUGGUUUGGUGGUUGGCGCUGCAUGUGAUAUGAAGUUGGGCCUCUUCGUCAUACCAGCUGCCAACAUCCCAAUGCUUAUGUUCUCGGAAUUCUUCAUCCCGUAUCAAGAGAUACCAUUUUAUUUACAACCAUUUGGCGUCAUUUCUUACUUUAGGUAUUCUUUCGACGCAUUCCUCAAAACAGCUUACGGUUUCGGUAGAGAAGAUCUCCCUUGUCAAGCGGUAUUUUGCAUGUUCAAAAAGCCAGAAAAAUAUUUAGAACAUCUAGGAUUAACAAGGGACUUUAUGACUGACAUUUGGGCUCUACUUAUUUGGAUUUGGAUACUGCAAACAUCAUUAAUCGGUGUGUUAGUUUUCAGAGUAUACAAAGCUUGUAGAUAAACGUUGCAGAGAAAUUUACCUACCUACUUAAAUAUUUGACUGUCGACAAUCUCUGUACUCAUCUUUUUUUUUUAAUGCAGGGACAGUACAAAGUACUCAGUAAACAAGUUAAAUGUUAUGAUACUCAAAAGCGCAUCAAGCUUGACAAUUAAGAUUUAAAUUCAACUUUAAGCCGAUUAGACUCAAUUCACAAUGCAGCAAAACGGAGUGAAGUUAAUUUUGUAACGAAAUUGUACGUAGUAUAAUCAGCUUAAAAACGUCAACUGUGCAACGCACAUACUACUUAGAUAUAAUACGAUAGCUGCAAAAUGCUUUUUGGCUCGUACCUAUCCAUUUUGUACGUUACACACUUGAUACAAAUUUCAUUGGUAUGAAUGGUUAUUUUUUUAUAAUACCAAGUGACGGGCAAAAAAAAUCGUGCGCCUGGUGUUCAGCGACACGCCUGUCCAAAGCCGUUGCAGUGCCUCUUCGAGUUUUAAAUCGCAGAGAUCUGAAGAACUCUGCCACUGCGCCAGUAACCCUGGGACAUAAGUUGACAAGUCCUACGUGCCAGUAAUUUCAACCUUACCAUUCAAAACCUUGGCGGCAGAAGUAAGUAAGAUGUCAAUACUUCCCCGAACGAACUCUAAUGCUCAGGCUACGCAGAGGCGGCCACGGAAGCGUGCCGGGCGCGGGAAUUUUUGUAAUGUACGAGUGCAUAUGAACCCUACCACACGAAACGCGCGGCGGCCGCGCGUGGGCAAGCAAAAUUACCCGCGCCCGGAACACUUCCGCGGCCGCCUCUAUGCGGCCAGAGGAUUACAUAAGGAACUCUACUGCUACGGCUACUAAAAUUCGCUACAAUUCCGUUAGGCGGCAAUGUAAUUUAAGCCUUACGACACGAGCGGUCCAAAGUCCAAAAACUUGAUGUGCUUUUGAUUGUAAGUACAUACACAAAUGGGGUGAAUAAGGUGAUUGUCACACUGCUCCGCGACACGCAUCGGUGUGCGGGACGACGGAAUCAAGCGCGCGUUGGCGGAGAUUUGCGUCAACACUUGGUUUACUCCGCGCGGGAGCAACUGUAUUGCGGUCCCUCGCCACAUAGGGAUCGCUCCCUCUAAAGACCGAGCAGCCACACACUCAAGUCUACUGUUGAGCGCAAUGUGCCACAUUGAGUCUCGUCGCACUCCUCCAUGCGGGUGAGCAUGAUAGGCGCGCGCGCCGCACUCCCACGCGGUUGCUAGCGUUGUAGUGUGUUGGAUGCGUGUUUUGUAUAUAAACUGAGAUACUUCGGUACAAUGUCAAUUAAAUGCUGUGACACGGAGCAGUGUGAAAGAGGCCUAUUUAGUAUUAAGAAUUGAACAAAUAUUUUUCUACAUUGUUUUAAAGUAUUUUUAUACUACAUAAUUUAAUUAUAAUUACGACUACCUUACAUAUAUAUAUAUGUAUACCUACCUGCAUAUAUGCAAAACCAAUUAAUUUUCCACCGUGAUAAUAUCACAAAUUUAGACUAACAUUAAUAUUCGUGUUAUCAGUAAGUAGAUAUAAACAGUUCUUUGAAAUAAUUAUAGACACAAAGAUCGAACUAACACAAAGAAGAAUUCCAUCGAUCCGAUUGGACUCGGACCAACGUCUGUCGCCUCAUCAUGGCUGCCGCUCCACAACUUGAGCAACGGAUCGAGCCAGCAUAUGUUACGAAUUUCUCUAUGUACUUGUUGCGGAUCUUUGUAUAGGAUUUUUUAACGGCUUUUUUGCCGUAACGCCUUUUUGAAUUCCGCAACAAAGCGACGAGUGGAGCAGGGUGGAACUGAUAAUACAUUUAAAAGUACAUGUGAUACGCUAUCUGUGAUUAACUACAGGAUCUACCAACCUCUAAAAAUCAAUAAAAGACAAAAGAACAAAUUAUCGGUUUACUGUUGUGUACAAAAUGCUUGAUAACUUUUGAUAAGCAUAAUUAACUUUGAUAUAACUUUGACUUUUGAUUAUCUACAAUGAGUUUAAGAAUACUGAGAUUAUGAAAUUAAGAUUAGAUUACGUACAAUGCAACAUACAUGCAGCAACAUCGAAUAUGUUCUCCAUAUUUGCUUGUAAGAUGUUAAUAGGAAAAUGAAGAAACUAUACCAAGUUAAGUUCUUUUUUUUUUAUUUAAUGGUUCGUCGUCACUAGAAACAUUCGUGAAAGACUAGAAAUUGCCAAGUUCGUAUACAAGUUUUUAAUUACAGAUCAACGAGCAGAAAGUGAUAUAUAUACACUGCUCACUUGCAAGCGGAUAACAUAUCGGGAGUCCAAAUCAAGCAUCAAUAUUGACAACGUUAUUUUUUACUUCGCUCUCUGAAUUUCGAAGAUAUGCCUUCGGCACUUGGAAGUACAUAAUACGAAAAACAGCUAUAUGGACUAAAUUCUGUGCUUUUGUUUGCAAGUGCAGGAGAAAUGUCCAGUAAGGGGCACCACACAUAUUAACCGGAGGCAGCUCGAGCCGGUCAAAAAAUCUUUGUGUCCAUGUAACUAGAGUGAAAAACACUUUUUCCAGGAAUACGACAAGAUCGCGUUCCGGCGUCGUUAAUACAUGUGUCGACGUCGAGUAACAUCUGUAUUGACUAAAUUCUGUGAAAUACAGAGGAAAUAUCUAUAAGGGACUCACCACACAUAUUAACGCAGAAUCGGCUUGCGCCGGUCACAAAAAGAUGUUGCGUGUUUCGCUUCCGCUCCGAUCGCCGAAGCGAAACGCACAACUUUUUCGCUCUUAUUAAUUGCAGGGACAUAAAGCUAUUUUCCGUACAGGAUUACGAUAACGGGAGACC